GGCAUUUGGUGUACUGUUAUGGGAAGUCAUGACUUUAGGGCAGCAGCCAUAUCCAGCACGGACCAAUCUAGAAGUAUGCCAUUUUGUAACAAGUGGUGGGAGACUAGAUAGACCAGAUAACUGUCCAGAUGAUGUUCAUCAACUGAUGUUAAAGUGUUGGCAUAAUGACCCUGAUUGCAGGCCUACAUUCCGUUACUUAUUGGGAAAACUGGAAGCCUUUAAGAGAAAGUCAAUUUCACCAGAACAUGGUCUUGAUAAUCUAGCAUUCGAUGAUUCUCCAGUAAAUUAUUCACGAAUAAAACAAGGAGUAAAUUCCACUGAAGAUGAAGAAGGCUAUUUAGAACCUGUCAAUAGUAAACAGAGUUUAAGAAGUCGAGGUGGCAGUUAUAGAACAGAAUUGCUUGGAUCACCAAGUCCAAAACCAAGUCCACUUUUAGGAAAGAAAUUACAAACAAACACACCACAAGGAAGUCCAAGAUUAGCUUCUAAAUUCCCUGCACUUGAGAAUCCCUUAGCUGAUCGUGAAAGAUGUUCCCAUAAUUCUAGAUACGCUAUGGAUACCAGUAUUACACCAAGGGAAACACCCAGAGGUACUCCAUCUGUUACACCAAUUACUAAUCGCAAGGUUUGUUACCAUGACAACAAGGCAUUUCUUGCUGACGAAGAGACAUCCUCUGGAAGAAGUUCACUUAGCAAAGCUUCUGUAAAAAAUUUACUGUUCACAGACUCGGGAAAAAAGCCCAGUUCUUUAAGCAAAGCAGCAGGGGCAGCUCCUUAUUUUGGCAAAGACAGUCAACCAGAUUCUCUCAGCAAAGCAACAGCAAUGAAUCCAAAACGGUCAUUUCGAAAAGAAAAUGAUAAUGUGACUAAAGAGACUAAAAGGCAAGCUAACCCAUUCCAUAAGGAUGACAAUGAAAGUAGUCCUUAUGAGAAUGUAGGAGAUAAAUCAAUAUCUCCAAAAUAUGAAAAUGUAUCCAAAAAGAAAUAG